AUGAGUAGUGUUGGAUCGCGAAUGAACCGAAGCCAAGGAACAUCAGAAGAUGCGGGUCCGUCGACUUCGAACUCACGAAGAGUACGAGAUAACAGCUAUAAUCAAGUUGGAGAAACGUACUCAUUGUGGUCAGUGAGUCCUACAAAGUCCACGCAAAGUGCUCCUCGGAUUCCACAUGAGGUCCUUCAAGACCUAACAUUUCGAUUUCUUGCCAAUAUCCCAGAUGAGGAGAAAUCGGAUAAGGUGCGCAUGUGCUUUCAAGUUGAGUUAGCUCACUGGUUUUACGUUGACUUCUACUGCAAACAGGAGGCACGGAAGGAUUGUGCCCAGAUGGGUAUGAGGGAAUUUGCCAGACAAAUUUUCAAGCAUUGUGAUGAGCUUGCACCUUAUGCAGCGCGUGUUGACCAGGUAUAUAUGUUUCGUCACAUUCGAUUAUAUUCAUCUUAUGUUGUUGUCGUCUUUCAGUCUUAGUA